CUCGAUGAAGUCAUCUCUUCCAUUAUUACUACUUCAUUCCCACUAAUAGUUUGAUCGGAGAACUUGGAGUCAAAGUGCGUGAGCGGUUGUUUCACAUGAUCUGCUUCCUUAUCUUUCGAGUUCAGUAGAUUCUUCUCCCUGUUAGGAGUCGGAAGGCAUGAUGGCGUUCGGUAGAGCUCAGGCGAUUUUGAUGUUCGCCACCAUUUCUCUGCAUUCUGCCGUUGCGGGACUGCAAGAAACACCAGUUUCAGGAGCAGCAGAGGACGUCUUUUUGAUUUCGCCAAGGAGAUCCGCCAAUUCACCUGCUCGAAUCCUCGUGGAGAACACGUCCUUCGUCUUGGCCGCAGAGAGGACUCGAAGAAGAGAUCCUUUAAACGGAUUCAAACUCUACAAUGGUGGCUGGAACAUCAGCGAUCUGCACUACUGGGCCUCCGUCGGCUUCACUGCUGCUCCUCUCUUCGCCGUCGCCGCCGUCUGGUUCUUCGGCUUCGCUCUGGUCUUGUCUUUGAUUUGUUGCUGCUACUGCUGCUUCCCCCGACGCAGUUGUUCCUUCUCCCGCACAACUUGCGCUCUCGCCGUCGCACUUCUCAUCCUGUGCACUGCUGCCACAAUAGUCGGAUGCGUUGUUCUGUUCCAUGGACAGGAUAAGUUCCAUGGAACCACGUCGAACACCUUGGAUUUCGUCGAGGGCCAGUCGAACACCACCGUCUCCAACCUUAGGAGCUUCUCCACCAACCUGGCCGACGCUAAGAAGGUCGGGGUGGGUCAGAUCUCCCUUCCGGCCGACGAGCAGGCCGCGAUCGACGCAGUCGUGAAAAGUCUCAACGACGCCGCGGACGGCGUUUCCUCUCGCACAGCGGACAAUUCCAAGAGGAUCCGAGACUACUUGGAUACUGUGCGUCUUGUGUUGAUCAUCCUCGUGGCUGCAGUGCUCCUUCUGGUUCUUCUCGGAUUAACAUUUUCGAUUCUUGGACUGCAAUUUCUCGUCUACAUAUUCGUCCUCGUUGGAUGGGUGCUGGUGGCAGCAACCUUCUUCUUGAGCGGCCUCUUCCUCCUCCUCCACAAUGCAGUGGCGGACACUUGCGUCUCGAUGGAUGAAUGGGCUCUUCACCCCCGCGAGCACACGGCCAUGGACGACAUCCUCCCUUGCGUGGACGUCGCCACCACUAACGCGUCUCUGAGGCGAAGCAGGGAGGUCACCUUUCAGCUGGUGAACGUCGUCAACCAGGUGAUCACCAACGUCUCCAACGCCGACUUCCCACCCAUGCUCAAGCCUCUCUACUACAACCAGUCCGGUCCCCUGUUGCCUCCUCUCUGCAACCCGUACGACCCAGACCUCGGCAGCCGCAACUGCACCACCGGAGAAUUAGGGUUCAACAACGUCUCUCAGGUAUGGCGCAGCUACGUGUGCCGAGUCACAGUGGUCAAUGGAUCCGACAUCUGCGCCACCGUCGGUCGCAUUACUCCCAAGAUCUACGCACAGAUGAUGGCAGCAGUGAACGUGAGCCACGGCCUGUACCAGUACGGGCCGUUCCUCGCAGGGCUAGCGGACUGCACCUUCGUGCGGCAGACCUUCCGGUCCAUCACCCUCGACCACUGCCCCGGCCUGGGGCGUUACAGCAAACAGGUCUUCAUCGGCUUGGCCAUGGCCUCAGCGGCGGUGAUGCUGUCUAUGGUUCUCUGGGUCAUCUACGCCCGCGCGAGGUGGCAUCGCAAGCGUAACAAGCAGCUUCUGGCUCGAUCCGACCACGAACAACUGCACCUGCAAGAGAAAUAUCUACUGGGAACUCCGAGAUCAGGAAGAUGACGCUGUUCUUCCUGUGAUGUCUCGGUCAAACAGAAGAUAUUGACUCUUUUCUUCCACUAGUAUUGCUUUGUAUGUUGUUUAUUGUAAGUACAGCUGCCUGUAUCAAUGACCGGUUAGAUCUUUGUGAGAAUGGGUCAGUCUGACGAGACCAAUUUGACCAAAACCACGAGCCACACACCUGUGGCUUGCCAGAGAGAGGAUUACCUCAGGAAGAAGGAUUGGCUCAGUCCAAAGAAACCUACGGCACAAAGUGUCGAUUGGAGAUGAAAAGAUCCAUCUCCUGGAUUCUUCUUCUUCCUUCAUGUCGGUAGUCCUUCCGAGGAGAGCCUGCAGCCACUCGUCCUUCUCCCAUAUCAAACAAGUGUCACAUAGAGUCAACCCCAUCGCUAAAGGUUAGCUUUCAUGGUGAAUCUCCAAAGCACGGCGGCUCAACAAGUGUUGACAGCGGGUCACACGCGUAGAACUGCUUAGCCAACAAAGCAAAGCGACCGUAUUUAGUAUUCUUCCUCGAAGCCAUGGACGCCCCAAGAGGAUCACCACCUCCACCUCAAGACCUCCUUCCAUGGAUUCCAAGAAUUCUGCUUCUUCUUCUUCAUCCAAGCCCCACAGCCCUUCUCGGCCCUGCCUCUGUUCGCCGACGACGCACCCGGGUUCCUUCCGGUGCAAGCUCCACCGUGGCCCGAGAAAGAGUUCCGGCCGAUCAGUGGCGCACGCGGGAUCGCCGGAGACGAAGGGACCAGCGAAGGCGACGUCGAUGGGCGGCCUCCUCAUGCAGAUGAUACGACCGUCGAGCCAUGAUCUCCGCAGGAGGAGGCACUUCCAGCCCAAGCCUUCAAGGUUCUUCCUGAUGAAAGGUGAUGGCCGGGGAGCAGUGGCGGUGGCUUGAUGCCCCGUAUGAGCCUAAUCUUGCUUAGAUGUGGAUGUAUGUUCAUGCAUGUAUGCAGGCAGCAUUUUUACAGCCUGAUCAUAUAAGACUCAGUGGAUCCAUCCAUGAAUAUGAUCAUACUUACUUCUUCUGCUCA